AUGUCGCUUUUCGCCGACAUUUUCAAACUGGUCUACGCCACCUAUCGCCAAUAUUUGUACACGAGCCUCGCGAUCAUUGGUCUCGUCUGGAAGCGGCUCACCGAAGGCGACGACUACUUCCGCGAGUACACUUAUCCGAAGCCCGAUUGUCUGACGUAUGGAUGGAAUCACAAGUACGUCCAGCUCAAGAACGUGCGAAUGCACUACGUCGACGAGGGCGACGUCGACAGCAGCGACGACGUGCUUCUGAUGGUGCACGGUUUCCCCGAGUUCUGGUACUCGUGGCGAUUCCAAUUGAACGGUCUGAAGCACGCGUUUCGAUGCAUCGCCAUCGACAUGCGCGGCUAUAAUGAGACCGACAAGCCGACGACGACGUCCGACUACAAUCUGAAAUUUCUGAUUGAAGACAUUCGCGAGUUCAUCGACAAAUUGGGCCUUCGACGUGUCGUCCUCGUCGCCCAUGAUUGGGGCGCGAUUGUUUCAUGGAGGUUCACGAUGCUCUACCCCGAGAUGGUCCACAAGUUGAUCAUUCUCAACGUGCCUCAUCCGGCGGCGUUCUUCAAAGUCUACACGGAGAGCAAAGAGCAGCGCGCGAAGAGCUGGUACAUUUAUCUAUUCCAAUCAUCGACGAUUCCCGAGUUGGCGAUGCGCGUCAAUCGAAUGGCGAUGCUCGAGAAGAUGUUUCGCGGGCGGAAGGCGGGAAUUCGAAAUUCGAAUAAUUUCACCGACGAGGACAUGCUGGCGUGGAAGCACGUGUUCAGCCAAAAACACGCCAUCACGGGACCAUUGAACUACUAUCGCGAGAUGUUCAACGCGCCGACGAUUGCCAGCGAGAAGAUGCGAAUUCGGCCGCCGGUUCUCAUCAUUUGGGGCGAACGCGACGCGUUUCUCGACAAACGCGGCGCCAUCGAAUCGGUCGACUAUUGCCGCUACGCGCGCGUUCAUCUGAUUCCGACGGCGUCGCAUUGGGUUCAGCAAGACGAGCCGACGCUCGUCAAUCAUCUCAUCGAGGAGUUUGUGCGCGACGACGUCGAUCGCGUCAACUAUCGCAUCAUCAGGGAGCUCGAGAAGUCGAAAAUUUGA